AUGGGCUCGACUGUUGUCAUGGCCCCGACUCUGCAGCAUUCACAGCGCCCACUUUCUACAUCUGAGCUAUUGAGCCCAACGGGCUCCCUCUCAGGUUCGACUUUUCAGCACAGAUAUGAUUCCGGUUCCUCCGCCUCAGCAGCUCGAAACAAUGGGACAAGCGACCUCAAAUCCUCGUCUUUGGGCGUAGUGGAGUUCGAAUUGCCAUCAUUCAAUACCGAUUUCAAACUCGACACGUCAGUCUUUGUCAAUGGUCAAAGAGAACAGCAACGGCCCGACAGCGAACCCAACUCAUCGGCGUCUCUACAUCCCGAGGUAGUCGAAGCUACCACAGGCACAACGUCUGAAGCUAAGCUGCCAAGACAAGCUUCCCUAUCUCGAAGCAAAAGGACUUCACUGAUUGAUAGACCCCGGUCGUGGUUGAUGCCUUCAAGCAAGUCUGCCAAGGAAUUGUCGAAUGUAGGUGACGAGAGGCCAAGACCAAGGUCAACUGUGUCAACACCACCACCACCACCAACAACCACGACUACCCGGCGAAUUGAACGAAGCCAAUCGGGGGGAGGAGGCUCGGAAAGCUUUGCCAACUUUGCAAGACGCUCGUGGAUUUCACGCUCAUCUCGGUCGCCCUCACCAAAGAAUGCACCUGAACCACCUCCUGUCGAUCAGCCACAGCCACGAGACGGUGAGCCGUCAGUAGCUCGCACAACCACUGCUACUGCUGCCACCAAGAUAUCCAAGUCGCCACCACAGCGGCUGCAAAUCAUCACAACCGGCGACGAGGCGGCGGCACAAAAGCCCAAGCCAUCAACAGACCCAUUGCUCAAACCACAGACUCCCGCAAAGCCGUUCACAAGAGCCACGUCGUACUUGUCCAAGAUCAAGGGCAGACAGCAAAACACCUACCUCAGUCGGGACGGUGCCGAAUCUGACAACAGCUGUGCUUCCUCAGCCACCAGCCUCAACCGCACUUCAAACAGUAUCCGUACGAGCGCUUCCCAGUCCAUCUGCAGUGAUGGGAACACGAAUACGCCCAUUACCGAUGAGUCGUGCACUGAGAUGACGCCAAAGCUGCGUGACCCGCUGUGGUCAGCCUUUAAGACGCUCGAUGUCGAAACCAAGGCCCUUGGCUCCAAGCAAACCGCUCACCGAGUGGCCCAAAUUCACUCGACACUGCUGCCAUUUUUGCGAAGCACGCAACAUCACCCCUCAGCCAAGACGAUUGCCCUCGAAGACGUGGAACGACGAGCCAUUAUACUCAACAAGUGGUGGGUAUCUCUCCUUGAUAUGCUCCAUGGACAGCUGCAACAACCCAUUCCUGGCAUGGACCGCCCUGUGUUACUGGAAGCAGCGACAAUGCUCAUGAUGAGACCCGAGUGGCGACAGGCAACGACUUACAUGCAGCCGCUGGCCGAACGGUCACCCACGGAACGUGUGCGCUCACGAUCAUGGACGAAUGCGUCUAGGUCGACGACAGAUAGCUCCAUUCACUCGGAAAUGCUGGCCGAGUCAGCAGAGCACAACGUUCGAACCAUGUUUGUGACCAACCUCGUCAAGCAAAUGGCCUACGUCGUGGACAAGAUGUCGAUGCGUCACGCGCCGCUGAGCCUGGUCAACUUUUCCGGAAAGACGUGCGCGUAUGCCUUCUUCUUUGCACCGGGCGUGGCAGACGUUUUACUGCGGCUGUGGGGACUCACGCCCGAGCUCAUCCGGCGAGCGGGUGCCGAGUUUGGGCUCCCCCGACGUGACGCUGGUGAGAGCGACGACAUUAUCGCCCUGUUCCCGCCCAAGCUGGGAACCUUUGGCUGGUCCUCGCCGAGAACCAUAUGGGACUCCCUCAAGAAGAUCCCCAAGAUGCCGCUGCUUGUGGCCAGGAUUCCUUGGACCGGUCCCUGGGUGACUCGGUGGAAGGGCAGGGACACUGACCUCUUCUUCAUCUUUUGCAAGUAUUUCCACGUCUUGGCGGAUCAAUUCAUGCCUCCUGGACUGCCUCUUACCGAAAAGGCUCGAUCGCCGGCCUUUGCCCUGGUUCAUGCCCAGCUCUUGUCAAUUGUGGACUCUACGAUUCAUCGUCACACCGGAAUGGAGCCUGCGGCAUACGCUCCCUUGAUUGACUCGGUGAACGGAGCUGACUCGGCUCUGCCCAUGGCCCUGCCGUCGGGUAAUGCCGCUAAGGGAAUGAGCGAGAAUAGACUCGUCAUUCUGCUCAAGGAUUUCUUGACGGACGAUGCCCCUGAGCUGGCGGGCGCCAAGCACACGUUUGCCGCAGCGUUUGCUGCCCUGAUCAAGGCAGCUGCCAGCAAGACGUCGCUCUACGACAACUCGGCGUGCUUUACGCUGUGCGACUUUUUGGAAGAGGUGUUGAUGGUCUACCACGAUUUUGAGACGCCGUCCGCCAGCUAUGUCGAUUGGCCCUUUUGGAUUGAGGUCUGCAAACGCAUGUCGAGCUCCAUGAACACCAUGUCGGAAGUGCGCAUGCUCUCCUUUGUCUUUACCGUCUGGGACGCCGUAGCCAAGGAUUCUCGCAGAAAGGCUAAUGUAUGCCUGGAAUGGCUGCUGACGGAACAGACGUUCAACGCCUUCUUCAAUAAUUGGUGUCCCAUGGUCCGAGCCUACUACCAGCGCCUCAUUUGCUGGAGAAUGUGUCGAUAUACCGGUGGAUCCAACGAAAUGGACAUGAACAUCUACCUCACGGCAGCGGCACGACUCAAGACCAACUGGGCGCAUUACCUGUACUUGAAGCAGACCGCAGAAGAGCUCGGCAAGAUUGGUCCCUCGACGGCGCCAAUGUCCCCGGCCAUGGGUAAGAAGUUUAUGAUUAUUCGCCAGGAGGCCACCAAGCCCAAUCCGGGACUGUUUAUGGGCUUCGACACGUUUGCGAGGCCCUCGUCGGCUAACCAGGCGCUCCCUGGCAGCGAAACCCCGGAGACCAGCGGACUGGUUCGCGGCGACACCAAGAAGCGCUGGUCUCUGCUUGGAAAAGUGCUUGCCAUGACAUCAGGAGGCACCAUUCAGCCCGCAGCCGUGGAUGAAUACGCGAGACCGGCAAGCUCGGUGGAAAGCGACACGGCCGGCCUGCGUCAACAUCUGGCCGAUCCGGCGCCGCUCAUCACGGCAUCCAACUCGGCUGGUCGACUGAACAAGGGCGCCACCCGUAAGGCCGCCGCUUCGGAGGACGGCUCUCUGGGAUCGUCGCCAAUCUAUGAUGAGCAAAAGUAUAUAUUCAAGUUCGUCCUGAGCUGGCAGCAGAACCCCGGCCCUGCUCGUGAUCGCGUCCUCACUCGACCACGUUUGCCCCUCUCAACACAGGCGCACAUUAGCACAAAGAGCCGCCCCGUCCGAGCGGCCGCGACUUCUCUACCGCCGUCGUCACCCACCACGGCAUGCCCUGCUGAUGCCUCGGUACAGUCGCCGCCCGAGACACCCAAGCCGGUUCUCUGCCCCCAAGAAGACGAUGUUGCGUCUCUGACCGCCUCUGUCGAGGAGUGGCUUCGCAACACACCCACGGGCAGCUCUGGAUUUGAGUCUCAUGGUCGUCGGCGAGACAGCGUGGCCGAAAGCUGUGGUGCAACGUCAGGUGGAGCGUCGGCUCCAACGCCAGGCGAAUCGACACGCCACGCCUCGCCUUGUGCUGGCGACAGCAUCGCAGAGAAGUUUACAAGACCGGUCAAACCCGCCGGUAUAUAUGCAAAGAACGCCGUGUACUGCGGUCGGGCACUUGCGGAAUGGGCACAGGUCGUUUCCGAGUGCAACAUUUUUGCCGAGAGACGUCAGGACGACGGUAUUGAGCGGCUCGCCGAUAUCGAAGUCCCGUUUCUCGGUGUGGAGGGAUUCCGUCGGUAG